AUGUCAGCAGUGGGCAUUCGAAGUGAGGCAAGAGCACUUGGAUGCGUACUGGGCAUCGGCAGGCAGGCCUCGCCCAUCUUCCGCAGAUACCUCGCCACGCCAGCAGAACAGCCACGUCUGCGUCUUGGAUCUGAAGCCCCAAACUUCCAGGCAAAGACCACGCAAGGAGACAUUGACUUCCAUCAAUGGCUUGGUGGAAAAUGGGCCAUCCUCUUCUCGCAUCCGGCGGACUUCACUCCCGUCUGCACCACCGAGCUCGGCGCCUUCUCGAAGUUGAAGGAUGAAUUCGAGAAGCGUGAUGUGAAGAUGAUUGGCCUGAGCGCCAACGACUUGGGCAGCCAUGGUCGCUGGAUCCAGGACAUUAACGAGAUCUCCAAGACCAAACUCUCAUUUCCUAUCAUCGCCGAUGCCGACCGUAAGGUGGCGUUCCAAUACGAUAUGGUGGACCAACAGGACCUGGACAACAUCGACGAGAAAGGCAUCGCCUUCACCAUCCGCUCUGUCUUCGUGAUCGAUCCGAGCAAGAAGAUCCGUCUUACAAUGAUGUAUCCGGCUUCAACGGGCCGGAACACGACCGAGGUUCUUCGCGUCAUCGACAGUCUCCAGACUGGUGACAAGAAAGGCGUGACGACUCCGAUCGAUUGGAAGGUCGGCGAGGAUGUCAUCGUGCCGCCGUCGGUGUCCACAGAGGCUGCCAAGAAGAAGUUUGGCGAGGUGAGGGAGGUCAAGCCGUAUCUGAGGUACACCAAGAUCUGAUUAUGGCGUCGUGCAUGCAAUGAAGUGCAUGGAUGUAUGUCCAUCUCCUCCCGGAUCCGCGUGUCAGAGGAAGAUACGACAUGUUCUCCUGUUGGUCAUCCUAUACCCAAUCGUAUGUCGUAGAUCAUG